AAAAAAAAAACGCAUCAUUAACAUUUAAUAAAGGAAAUUCCAGAAUUUAACAAUAAUUUCAUACAAUCGUCUAUACAGUAUUCAUGUAUAUGUCUAUCGGUUUCUUUCGUGUUUGUUUUAAUUCACAAAUUAUAACAACAACUAGCUUUAUUUAACAUAACUUUAUUCAACCCCCGAACAAGACACCCUGUGGACCUUUCCGGAAAGCUUUUGAUCUUCUGUCUAAUAUGAGCAAGCUAACUAUAUUUCAAAACAACAAUGUAUUUCCCAAAUCAAGAAACUGUUAUAUAGGCUACAGUUGACAACAAUAGCCAGCUAAUAAUAUUUUUUUUCGUUCAGGAAAAGUUCAGGAUCCAUUAUAAAACUGAGACGCACUUAUAGUGCUACUGCGAGUCCAAAUGGGAUCCUCUGAGAGGCAUUUCAUUAUAAUGGCUGUAUGAUUUCCUGAGAAUGUUUUCUUUUAGUAUCUUUGGAGAAAGAUCAUUUAAGAAAGGCAAAAAAAAUAUGGGCAAUGAACAUACAGUAUAGUUUUCCAAUGAUUUUUUUUUUUACAGUAAUUAAGUGAUUCUUUUUGUGGCGAGGCCUGCAAAGGUAUGCAGUAGCACAGUGCAACUUGCUCUUUUGUUCUGCGAGCAGGGUUGCCAGGUUAUACCUAUUAACCUCCAGGUAUUGCAGAUAUACACAGCAAAUCAGAAAGGCAUACCGCUGUUAACUUGUUUCCCUCAAAAAGUCUGAGAAAAUGAAGAACAACACAUCUACCUUAUUCUAUGCUAUCUUGGGCUAGUUGAAAAUCUUUCUGUGUGGUUUUUCAGCUGUACUUUAGGUAGGAAUUUUGAAACCUGAAACCUGGCAACCCUCCCCACAAGCUUCGGUGAGAACGUGUUUUUUUUUUUUUUUUUUAAGCUCAACAUUAAUGUAAAAACCUCACACUCGCGCAGCUUUUUUUUGUUUUGUUUUGUUGUGUCUGCAAAGACGCCUCACUGAAGCUGACCAGCUUUCUUUAAAAAAAAAAUAAAAUAUUCCUAGUCGGUUACACCCCGUGUGUGUGUGUGUGUGUGUGCGUUGGUUUUUGUGGCUUAUGAGGACUUUUGACCUGAUUACGUACCGACACUACGGGGACAUUUGGAAUUAUGAGGACAGGGACAGUGUCCCCAUAAUUCCUCUAAUAUAUCUAUAUAUAUCUAAGUAAGAGAAGCUAAAAUUCAAAGUUUCGGUCGAAGUCCACUUACACCACAUACCCCUGAAACUGACUUUACACAGUGUUAACUCGGAAUUUAAUAUAGCGCCCCCUUUAGUCUGGUCUUGGUAUUGCACCAACUUACACACUCACACAAAAUUUGAGCCUUCUGAUUGGCUACCGCUGACUCGCCUAAUUCGCGCUCUGAUUGGCUGCGGCCGAUGUCAUUCAUGUCACGUGUCUCGGUUUGUGGGCGGAGUUUCUCUAUGUGCAGCGCGUCAUCAUGCGGAACUCAUAAUACGUCAAUCUUUAAAAAACAGCGUCCGGUGUACAGACUGUGUGAGAUGAAGCUGAGGAGGAGGAGGAGAGACAAUCCCAAACAGGAGGCUGAAUAUUUCACAUCUGCUGCCAAAGACAAGGAGGGAUUUGAUGUGAAAUAUAUAAAUUCAUUUAUAGGACGUGGAGUAUUCAGUUGUGUUCAUUUUGAUAAGGGAGAUUUUCUUUUGGAGUACAGAGGACAACUCAUAAACAAAGCUGAAUGUGAACGACGACAGAAGUUAUAUCACGAUGCCAUGAAAGUAUUCAUGUAUGAAUUCCGUUUCAAUGGAAGACUCUUAUGUGUCGAUGCUUCCAGAGAAGAUGGUUCCCUUGGGAGACUUGUCAAUGAUGACCACAUCAGCCCAAACAGCAAAAUGAAAAUAAUCACUGUAGAGGGAAAGCCUCAUCUAUGUUUAUUUGCGACUAGGAGCAUCGACCCUGGAGAAGAAAUCACAUACGACUAUGGCAAUUCUGAGUUGCCUUGGAGAAAUAAGAUUGUAGCUGAAGAACACCAACUGCCACCAGAGGAAAACAGCACUAUGGCAUUGAGUGAGGCCAGGAGGGUGAAAGACAAUCAGUCUCUGUCACAGCACCAGGCUGUUUCUGAGGCAGACCCCUUUACCCCUGUGACCGAAGAUACCCAGGCAGCCAUCAACCAAACAGAACAGAAUAUAGCUGGAGCCGUCACUGAGGUUACAUCAGAGCUGACGUCUGUGAUGGACAAGUUGGAGACUGAUGUUCUGGGAGGAGAGACAGAAAAGAAUAUAGCUGGAGCCGUCACUGAGGUUACAUCAAAGCUGACGUCUGUGAUGGACAAGUUGGAGACUGAUGUUCCAGGAGGAGAGACAGAAAAGAAUACAGCUGGAACCAUUACUGAGGUUACAACAGUGCCGACGACUAUAAAGGACAAGAUGGAGCCUGAGGUUCCAAGAAAGGAGACAGAAAAGAUUACCAUUGUGAAGGAGCAAUCUGGGCCUGAGGAAAAAGAUACAAUAGCACCAAGUGAGAAAACAGAAAAAAAUUGUAAACAUGAAAUGGUCUUCACAACUGUUUCGAGCAUGAACAAAUGUGCAGCAUGUGUUGGACCUGUAGCAUCACUCAAAUGGAUUGGUCUGAGAUGCAAAGUCUGCAAUUGUUUUUGGCACAAGUCCUGCUUUGUAAAACUUAUUAAGAAUGAGUCACUAUCAUGGGUGAGUGCAUUUAUAAUUCAUUAUAUAAAUUUUAGUCAUUUGCAAGUGCAAUUUCUAGUGAUCGUUUGUUUUCUGGUACUAGAGAGUAAGUACUGGUGAGGAUGAAUCACUAGAUGAAGAAUAUGUGCCACAGUCAGAGUCAGACAGUGAAUCUGAGAGUUCAGUAGAGUUACAAGGAGAAUGCCCCUUGAAUAUGGAGAAACGAAAGGCUAUUUAUUCCCAGAUUGCCAAGUUGAAUCCUGAAGGUGCAAGCAAGGGCAAAGUGUGUGUUAAGGCCAGAGAAGAAGUUGGUUUACUUUAUGAGGAGCAGUUGACUGAUGUAGACUACGACAAUGAAGCGAGCUAUACACAAACCUCAGAUAAUCUUUCAAGCAAAGUUCAGGGUAAGCAAGUGUCUGAGACCUACAGAACGUCAAAAGUUGCAGUUUUAGGCAGUGCAUCAGACAGUUUAAUGCUGCCAACAACAGUCACUGGAACAUCUGCAAGCCAGCAACUGUUGGAAGUAAGAGAGGGAGCUGGUGGAAGUGAUUUACAUGGAGAUGUUGAGGAAUCAUUAAUGGCAGAGGGCAAAGCUAAAGUGGAUGAAGCUGAGGAGUGUCUUCAGUCAUCUGUAAUUUCUUGUACUGAAAAUAAGAAAAACUACUGAUGGAUUAGAAAUUACAAAAGUCAUUGCGUACUACAGAGGCAACGUCAUCUUCUUUCAUUGCACUUAAAAGCUUCCAAACCCCAGGAGAUAUCUGGUGUGGGAAUGUAGACUCUGCCAUGGCUGCCAAACCCAAAACCCUGACCCUACCGUGGUGUUCAUUUAGUUCUCCUGGCUAAACUGAUGGAAGUGAAUCUGAGAAUGGCACUGAAAGUGAGAAUAUGAAUGUGUCUAUGAGUGCACCAGUGCAGAUUGGUAGGUUUUUCUAACAUAUUGAUGUGUUACAUGCCCAAUUGUUUUGGUCAUGAUCAGUCCACACUGUUUGUGUGCUGAAUAAUGUGGUAAUCUCUUCUUACAGGGAUGCAGAAGGAUCACCCACCAAAAGAAGCCAAAGCUGGAUGUUCUGGUUGUAUUUUCCAAGUUAUAUAUGUGGUUUUGACUUUUAUUUUAGUCAUAUAACUCAUAAUUAUCAUUUUUGUUUUACCUAUUUUUAAUUUGAAACAAAAGUAUAUGUCAUCAUAUCUCCCAGUCUUUAUGGUUGUAUGAUGUGCAUAUUUAUAUACUUGUUUGUUUAGUCUCAAACACAGAUGCUUUGCCCAUGUCCCAUAGAGCACCUGCUGUUUUAUGUGCAAUAAGCUGGCUAUAAGGUUCACAAUUUUAAACAUCACAAUCUAAUUGAUUCUUUUGAUACGUGUUGUAUACACCAAUCAGACAUAACAACCAGUGAAAGGUGAAGUGAAUAACAUUGAUUAUUUCUCUACGAUGGCAUUUGUUGAGGGUUGGGAUAUAUUGGUAUAACAGUCAGUUCUCUGUGUUGAUGUGUUAGAAGCAGGAAAAAUGGGCAAGGGAUGCUACAUAAAGGUUCCUCUGAAAGUAACAGAAAGCAAGCUCAAUUAGUCUGUUUUUGCUAUACACUGAAGACGUUUGGGUUUGAGGUCAAAAGAUGAAUAGGAGAUGAUGGUUUAGAAUUUCAGCUUUCAUCUCCUGAUUUUUAUAUCUGUGUUACACAGCUUAAAACAUGGCACCUUUUGGUAUAGGCACAAAUUCUCUUAAAGUAAAUUAAACAACACUUAAUAUUUGGUUCAUAUCCCUUGCUUGCAAUAACUGUAUCAAGCCAGCAUACAUACAUCCCAUAUACAUCGCUCAAAACAAGAGUAGCUGUUCAUAGCUACUAAUUCUUUAAACUAUCAAUUUAACAGGAUACACCUGGGCAACAAGAAACACCAGUCACAUGUUCCAACAUACUUCAUCACUUGAAAAUAAAAUGUUUAAAAAAUCUAUAUGUAAAUAUCAGGAAAAAAAGCUGAAAUUCUGAGCUAUCGUUUUAUAUUCGUCAUUUGAUCUUAAACCCAGAUGUCUAGGUAUAGGAAAAACAAUAUAAUUGAACUUGCUUUUCAGAGGGGACUGUAUUUAACAGAGUUAAAAAUUAUGUUAACAGUUAACAGUUAUGUUUUUUAAGUGCUCAGUUGUAGUAUCUCUAACCUGAGUUGCUUAAUGUUCUGUAAUUGUUGUAUAGAAGGACUUGUUCUGUUAAGUCACAGGUGACCCGGUAAAUCACCAUGCGGUCAUGUUUGUGUUUGUGUUAAGUCGAGUACCAAUAAAACAUGCCUGUCCUUCUAAUACAGUGUAAAGUCUUUUUUUGUGUAUUGUUAAACUGAUGUCCCGAUAAAGCGGUGUGACCUUAUAAGUACCAAUUCUGUCGGAGGCGGGAGCUUCUCAGACGGUCCUUAUAUGCAACCAUAAUGUCAGGUCUU